AUGAAAAUGUUGUUAAUAUCAUUGAUAAUUUAUUUAAUAUUCUAUUCAAAUAUAAUUAAAUCAUCACCUAGUGUUACAAGUCGUUAUAAAAUAACUGGUUAUCAUACAUGGCUUGAAUAUCAAAUUCAUCCUGAUAUUCAACAACCUAUUAAAUGUUUAUUUGUUUGGCAUCGUUUACCUCCAUAUUUAUAUAUUGAACCAGAAGAAUUAAAUAAAUUAAAUGCAACUAUAAUUGGUAAAAUUGAUAUUGAAAAAUCUUCAUCUGAAUCUCAUCCAUUUGCAUAUUGUUUUAUAUUAUAUAAUUCAUCAAAAAUCGAAUAUCAACAUAGUAAAACAUUUUCAAUAAAUAUUCAUAAUCGAUAUAUAGAUCCAAUAUCUAAUGAUAAUCAACAAUAUGAAACAGUUUAUUUACCUGAACCAGUUAUACAUUUUACAGAUAAAACUUGUCCUUAUUUAGGUUCAGGUUGUCCACCACCAUUAACUGAAACAGCUAUUGAAUCACCAAGACAAUUAACUGUAACCAUUCCUCUUGGUCAAAAAAAACAUCUAUGGUUUGUUUAUCCUCUUACUUGUUUAUUUCCAAUAAUUGCUUCUUCAUUAUUAUUUAUAUUUACUCAAUGA